AUGACAACAAUAAGUCCUCUUUUCCCACCUCUUCCUUUAAUUUGCCACGAUGAUGUGGUUGGAGGUAAAGUGAAGAAGCCCGGCAAACGUGGUCGAAAGCCAGCCAAAAUUGACUUGAAGGCAAAACUCGAGAGGAGCCGGCAGAGUGCAAGAGAAUGCCGGGCCAGAAAAAAACUGCGGUAUCAGUAUUUGGAAGAAUUGGUAUCCAGCCGGGAAAGAGCCAUUUGUGCCCUUAGAGAGGAACUGGAAAUGUACAAGCAGUGGUGCAUGGCAAUGGACCAAGGUAAAAUCCCUUCUGAAAUAAAGGCCCUACUCACUGGAGAAGAGCAGAGCAAAUCUCAGCAGAACUCAAGCAGGCACAUGAAAGCUGGGAAGACAGAGGCUAACAGCAACUCCUGUGAGGGGCAGCACGCUGAAAUCCUGGCAUCUUUUACUUACCUGUAA